ACCAUGGGUAUUCCGGUAAUUUUCGCGUAAAUCCUCCAUUCUUUUCCCCGACUGCUCUCUCGCUUCCGCUCUCCCUCCCUCCCUCCCUCUGCUGCUCUCAUCUCCUGGUUCCGGCGGAAGGUUCGCCGCGCUCCUCGAUUUGAUCCCGGGCGGCGCAGGGAUGCUGGCCUCGCGCCUCCUCGCGCGCGUGUCCAGGCAGUGCGUCGUCGCGGUGGCGGCGUCCACCGCGGCGCGGCGCACGGGGGUGGCGCGCUUCGGUGUGGCGGCGGCGGCCGCCGCAGAGCCGUUCACUGCUUCCUUCUCUUCGCUCAGGGUUCCGUAUAUCUUGAAUCAUCAUUCAAGAUACUCGACCAGCAUUUUUCAAAGGUUUGGGUUCUCAUCUGUUUCGCCCCAACAAAGUGACAAGGAAGUUAAGGAACCAAAGGACCAUGAAAGCACCUCAGAUGGAUCCAAUGAAGACAGUAUUUCAUCUGGAAGUAUCAAAGAUCUUGAUCUGUCAAAAGAUGAUCUUGUGAAGCUAGUUCAUGAGAAGGAAGGAUUGUUGAAGUCCAAGGAUGAUGAAAUCAAAGAUAUGAAGGAUAAGGUUUUGCACAGCUAUGAAGAAAUGGAAAAUAUCAUGGCUCGGACAAAGCGUGAAUCUGAAAACUCCAAAAAAUAUGCAGUACAGAACUUCUCUAAGAGCUUGUUAGAUGUUGCUGACAAUUUGGCUAGAGCGUCAUCUGUUGUCAAGGAAAGCUUCUCGAAAAUAGAUACCUCUAAAGAUUUUGCUGGAGCUGUGCCACUACUGAAAACACUUCUGGAGGGUGUAGACAUGACUGACAAGCAACUAGCAGAGGUUCUCAAGAAGUUUGGAGUUGAAAAGUUCGAUCCAAUAAAUGAGAAGUUUGAUCCUAGCCGGCAUUGUGCAAUUUUCCAAAUCCCUGAUCCUUCGAAGCCACCAGGAACUGUUGCUUCUGUUGUAAAGGUGGGCUACAUGUUACAUGAUCGCGUCCUGCGUCCUGCAGAAGUCGGUGUCGCAGAGGGAGGCGCAACCGCAGCUGAAACCGAAGAGGCAGACCAGCCUGAGCAGAAAACAGCCGGGGAUUAAGUUACCUGCCGGUAUAGGGAUUCGGAUCCGUUUCAUUAUUCUUUCAUGUCUCCUUGCUCACUGGCACACGGUGCAUAUUUGCUUACACAGGCUCGGCCCAUACGCACACCGACCCACCCACACAAUUACAUGGCCUCAGGCCCAGUACGGGGUUAUGAAAUCCCCCUCCCCUUAAGCAAGCGCUCAUCCUGGAGUGCUUCCAGAAUUUCGCCACCUCCAUUUUGCUGAAGAUCUUCACACAGUUGCAGACAUCGCAGGAAACUCACCGUGCAGUAGAUGUAAGUUCUCCCAGGUCACCUUUUUCGUAGGCAGCGAGUCCCACUUAACCGGUCCAUAUGGCACCGCCUUGUUGCCCACCUUGUGCAGACGUAUGUCCAGUACCUGUGCAGGAACAAGAGUAGUAACAGCAGUAACACAGUUUAGAUCCUCAUAUGAGCUUACCACUGUGUCAGGGGGUAUUGCUUUUUUGAGCUGAGAUACGUGUACCACUGGAUGGAUCCUGCUAGUAUCUGGAAGUUGGAAUUUGUAUGCCACCUGGCCUAUUCUUUGGAGGAUUAAGAAUGGCUCAAAGAACUUGUAGCUGAGUUUUUUGUUUGUUCUUCUAUUUACACAAUCUGAGCAUAUGGCUGCAACUUCAUAUACACCCAAUCACCAACUUGAAACUCUCUUUCCUCAGUUUGUGUUUAGAGUUCAA